UAAAUCGGAGGAAGCACAGAACAAGUCUCCUUCCUUCCACCACCACCACCACCCUCUCCUUUUCCCAUACUCUUCCCCUCCGUCUCCCCAUCCUCGUCGCCGCGCGCCGCCGCCGCCGCCACCGCCGCGAGCCCUCGAGAAUCCUUGUCCUCCGGGGAGUGGGGGAGGCAUGGCGCUCCGGAGGCUUCUUCAGGGGAGCGUCCUACCGCGGGUGACGGGCCGGGCCGCGGCGAUGGCGCCAUUUUCCACGGCUUCUGGGGAGACCAUCCGCGCCACGCUCUUCCCUGGCGACGGCAUCGGGCCCGAGAUCGCCGAGUCAGUCAAGCAGGUAUUCAAUGUUGCAGGGGUACCAAUAGAAUGGGAAGAACAUUAUGUUGGUACAGAAGUUGAUCCCAGAACAGAGAGCUUUUUGACAUGGGAAAGCCUGGAGUCGGUGCGUAGAAACAAAGUUGGCUUAAAAGGUCCUAUGGCUACACCUAUUGGAAAAGGGCACCGAUCUUUGAAUCUUACAUUAAGGAAAGAACUUGGACUUUACGCCAAUGUCAGACCUUGCAACAGCCUCCCAGGCUACAAGACUCGAUACGAUGAUGUUAACCUUGUGACAAUUCGUGAAAAUACUGAAGGAGAAUAUAGUGGCCUUGAGCAUCAGGUUGUGAGAGGUGUUGUAGAAAGUUUGAAAAUUAUUACUCGUCAGGCAAGUUUAAGAGUGGCAGAGUAUGCUUUCCAUUAUGCUAAGGCCAAUGGUCGGGAAAGGGUCUCUGCGAUACACAAAGCCAAUAUUAUGAGGAAGACAGAUGGUCUUUUCCUCAAGUGUUGCCGUGAAGUAGCUGAAAAGUACCCAGAAAUUGCAUACGAGGAGGUUAUCAUUGACAAUUGCUGUAUGACGCUUGUGAAGAAUCCUAGUCUUUUUGAUGUAUUGGUGAUGCCAAAUCUUUAUGGUGACAUUAUUAGCGAUCUAUGUGCUGGUUUGAUUGGCGGCUUGGGUCUAACACCCAGCUGCAAUAUUGGUGAAGGUGGCAUUUGUCUGGCAGAAGCAGUUCAUGGUUCUGCUCCUGAUAUUGCUGGCAAGAAUCUUGCGAACCCAACGGCUCUUAUGCUGAGCGCUGUUAUGAUGUUGCGCCACUUGCAAUUCAAUGACCAAGCAGACCGGAUCCACAAUGCCAUCCUCCAGACUAUCUCAGAGGGGAAGUUUAGGACUGCUGAUCUUGGCGGAAAGGCAUCCACAUCAGAGUUUACAAAUGCAGUGUGCGAUCACGUCUGAGAAGCAGAUGUGGUUCUUUUCAUCUGAUUGGUUUGUCCCCCAAUUUUUUUGUUGCUUACCAAGAGGAGCUUUAGCCUUAACUGGUGGCACCUCGAACUUCUUUGGGCCUAUAACACGGUUUAAAACUGUAUAAUAAUUUUUGUUGCAUUCCUGCUCUUCAGUAAUUCCUUCAACACUGCAAUUGAGUUGAAAGAAUCUUCUGUAAUAAUCAAUGACAGCAUUAUAGCAGUAGAUAGAUUUUUCUAUUCUAAGUUAUUGAAAUUCCAGGCCAGGUUGGAAUGCCAGAUAAUUUUUCAUU